AUGUCGUUAAUUUUGCUGACUGCAGAAUUUCUUCUCUUUCUAGUUCUGGUGACUGCUCAUGCCCUCACUGUGGAAGCACCUGCCAAGGAAACACGGGUGGCACGAGGCAAAAACGCUACUCUCCGCUGUAAUUUUAAAACAGAGGCUUCUGUUUCCUCAGCAGACUUUGUUGUCUGGAGGAAAAUCAACAGUGAGGAUGACGCUGUCACUAGGUAUUUUGAUGGACUUGUACAGUAUGGCAAGGGCUAUGAAAACCGUAUACAAUUUAUUGGUGAUGUAAACAAAGGGGACAUCAGUAUCACCAUCGAUUCAGUGGCCAUGGAAGACAAUGGGACGUACACAUGCAACGUUCGUCUAAGGGAUGACCCCCCCAGGCGGACUGCAAUCUUGGCUCUUUUGGUCCUUGUUGCACCGUCCAAGCCAGAAUGCAAGAUUUUGGGGACAGCAGAAUAUGGACAGACAAUCAAUCUGACCUGCAUUUCUCAUGAGGGCUCCCCAAAGCCCACAUAUACCUGGCAAAGCUUCAAUGUACAAAAUGAGCCCCGUGUACUACAAACAACAGUAGGGGAACAAAUAACUCUGAAGAACAUCUCUGCGGAUACCUCCGGCUUUUACAUCUGCACUUCAACAAACACUGUGGGAAAGGAAUCUUGCAACAUGACAGUCAGCGUUGUGCCACCAUCCAUGAACAUAGCUCUUUACGCUGGCAUCAUCGGUGGAACUGUCGCUGCAAUUGUAGUUAUUGGCAUUUUAGCCUAUUGCUGCUGCUGUCGGGUGAACAAUGACAAGGACUAUGAGAUGACGGAGCAAGAAGAUAGACAUGAACCCUACACGGAGACGCCUACAAGGAAUCAGAGAGCAGAGGAUGACGUUGAAGAUGAAUGA